CUGGAUUAAGUAUAGUAGUAUGAAUAUAGAAUAGAAUAUUUUCAUUUGCUUUCAUGUAACCACUUUUUCUCCUUACACUCUCCUGACCCUUGUUGGCAUCUUUUUCCGUAUGCAUUGUUUCGCUGACUUCUGGAGUGGUCUGGUUCUGGUUAUCAUUUUGUUCAACUACAUAGAAACAUUGAUUUGUAUUAAAUGCAUGUUACUCACGAGCGAUAUUCAGAUGUUUUUUUGUUCUUUUUUUAUUAUUCUUGUUAGGCAGUGUAUAAUAAAACAAUACAGCUAGACUCAGAUAAAUGUUUGAAUAUAUAUAGCAGCGCGUUGAAGAAAAGUAUCUUGUUUGUUACAAUCUUGGAUCUUUUAAUUUUCUUCAGAUUCAGAUUAUAAGGAUAGUGGGCUCUUGUUGCUUAUGUUGAUUCUUGCUAUAUAUAGCUUUGUAGAGAUAUAGUUUCUCUUUGAAAGCGUUCUCCAAUUAAGCGGUUACUACUGAAUUAGGUAGGAAGUUCCAGUCGUUGACCACUGUGAGAGAAUCUAAAUUUCACACGUAUUUUGUUCGACCUUGCUUUGACACCUCGUAAAUGUAUCCUAGAGGAAGAGGAAAGGUUUGAAAGGUCAAUCCCGAAAUCAUCCUUUAAUAUACGAUAAUUUCUCGUCAUUCUGGAUUGUCUAUAAUGAAUGAAAUUGGAUGUGGAUACGGCUCUCCACAAAUCCAACGGACUUAUCUCAUUCCUCUUGCUGAACAGUUCACAAAAAUUUGUGUAGAUACGUCAUCCGUUGAUGAUUUUGUUGAUUAUGUGAUCCGGGAUAAGUCAACAAGCUGUAAUAAGUCAAAUAUGAGGUUAUGGCGAAAAGAUGCCUGCAAAGCUCUGAGGCUCGUUAAUGCGCGUACAAUGGUUACUCCUGUUGCAAAAGAUUCACCAAUUAUUAUUGACCAGUCUGAAUCUCCAAAACUGGAUAUGUCGGUGGAUACAGACAAAAAGUUACCACGCAAACGAUCUAGGUUGAACAUGGAAUCAACAGUUGUUGAGUCUUUCACUCCUCGGACUUGUUCAUCCACUCUAGCGAGUCUCAAAUACACUACUCCUAAAGAUAUACGAAAACAAAUAAAAGCUUUUUUGAUAUCUCAUCUGUUUUCCGAUAUGGGACUACCAGUUUGGCCAACUUUACUUAUUAAUGGCCCACCAUUUUGCGGUAAAACAGCAUUAAUUGAAGCAGCAUGUGGAACUCUAGGUCUAAAGAUUAUCACUGUAUCGGUUGGCACAGUACCAUCGUCUAUGCGCUCUUGGAUGGAUAUAUUCAACCAGGCCAAGAGUUGUGCACCUUGUAUUUUGCAUUUAGACGAUAUUGAAAGUAUGGAAAAGCAUUCCUCUCCUGUUGGAACAUUCCGUCUUACUUGUCUUUUGAAGAGUCAAAUACUUAGAGAUAUGACAAACUCAGGUGUUGUAUUAAUUGGUGAAACUCGAUGUCUUCUAGCCAGUUUACCACAAAGUAUUUUAGAUUUAUUUACACAGAAGUUAACAUUUGGUAUGUUAAAUGAAACUCAUCGUUUAAACUUAUUACGGCAGUAUUUAUCAGAUGAUAGUGAAUUCACUAUAUCAACAAAACCGGUUGUUAGUCAGCAAAUCAAUCCAUUACAACUUAGUGAUAAUUUAACAUGUCUUGAAUUAGCACGUCGUACACCGGGUUAUGAAAUUGGCGACCUAAUUCGUUUGGUGGCUCAUUUGAAAAUGGCUUGUUUAACAAAUGACAAUGGUAGUGAUGACGAUGAUGAUGAUAAUAGUGCGAAUGGUCAAGAAAUUCCGGUUAAAUUUGCACCUGAUUUAUGUAUUGAUGAUUCAGUGGAGAACAAUAUCCUAUCGAAUACAGUUAAACAUCCUCUGAUUGUAACACGUGAAAUGGUUGAUAAAUCCUUAUCGAUUAUUGUUCCAGCGGUUAAAAAUACUGCUGAAUUUGUAACUAUUCCAGAUAUAACUUGGGCUGAUGUUGGUGGUUUAGAGUCAACUAGACAACAAUUGUAUAAUCGUUUUAUGCUUCUUAUCGAUGAUUGGGAACGUGCUCAGGCAUUGCAUCGACGGUCAGGAGGUGUAUUACUUGAAGGUCCACCUGGUUGUGGAAAAACGCUUGUAGCCAAAGCUUUAUCCAAUCAAGCUGGUCUUAAUUUCUUAUCAGUUAAAGGACCAGAAGUAUUAAAUAAAUUUCAAGGUGAAAGUGAACGUCGUAUUCGUGAAAUAUUUGAACGUGCACGUGCUUGUCAACCAUGUCUUAUAUUUUUCGAUGAAAUAGAUGCAAUCUGUCCAAGACGAGAUAGUGAUGAAUCAACAGGGAGUCGAGUUAGUUUAGUGAAUCAACUAUUAGUCGAAUUAGAUGGUAUUGAUAAGCAUAGAUCAGGUCGAGUAUUUGUUGUUGGCGCUACAAAUCGUAAAGAUAUGAUUGAUCCGGCUAUACUUCGUCCUGGUCGCCUUGGCCUACAUCUAAUGAUUAGCCCACCGUCGAAUUUUAGAGAACGUCUUUCAGUUCUAUCAGCUUGUACACGAUCAGCAACAACUCCUCGGAUUGAGAAUGGUAUGCUAACUCUUGAAUUGAUUGCAAAUGAUUCACGGACUGAAAAAAUGAGUGGUGCUGAUUUGGAGAAUUUAUUGGAAUUAGCUAAACAGAAAGCUCAAAUUGCCCGACAAGAUUUUGUUUCACAGGCUAAUCUACUGGAUGCUUUAUCUGAACUACACAAAUGAACUGAUCAUUUUAUAAAAUUACUUUUCAAGCCUUUGUUAUCAGUAGAGUUACAUAUGUGUAUAUGCACAAUAAUAUACAACUUUUGACCAUAUUUCUUUACUAAGUCUCUAUGGCCAAAGUGUAUUAUAGAUGUAUAAAGAAAGCAUUUGUAAUUUAAUCCUGUCAAAUGUUUGUUACGCCUUCUGUGAACGAAAUAAAAUUAUUAUGAAAAC